GAUGGCAAAAUGGCAGCCGGCGGGGGGGGUAAUAUGGCGGAGGUCAAAAUGGCGGCUCUUGGGGGGAGCAAUGUGGCUGAUGUCAAAAUGGCCGCCCUUGUGGGGAGCAAUAUGGCUGACUCCAAAAUGGCCGCCGUUGGGGGGAGCAACAUGAUGGACAUCAAAAUGGCCGCCAUUGCUGGGAGCAAUAUGGCUGACACCAAAAUGGUCGCCGUUGGGGGGAGCAAUAUGGUGGAUGUCAAAAUGGCCGCCGUUGGGGGGAGCAAUAUGGUGGAUGUCAAAAUGGCCGUCGUUGGGGGGAGCAAUAUGGUGGAUGUCAAAAUGGCCGCCAUUGGGGGGGGAAAUAUGGCUGACAUCAAAAUGGCGGCUCUUGGGGGAAGCAACGUGGCGGAUGUCAAAAUGGCCGCCGUUGGGGGGGGCAAUAUGGUGGAUGUCAAAAUGGCGACUGUUGGGGGGAGCAAUAUGGCUGACAUCAAAAUGGCCGCCAUUGGAAGGGGCAAUAUGGCUGAUGUCAAAAUGGUGGCUCUUGGGGAGAGCAAUAUGGCAGACACCAAAAUGGCCGCCGUUGGAAGGGGAAAUAUGAUGGACAUCAAAAUGGCCGCCAUUGGGGGGAGCAAUAUGGCUGCCGUUGGAGGAAGCAAUAUGGCUGCCAUUGCGGGACACAAUAUGGCUGACACCAAUAUGGCUGUUGCUGAGGGGAGCAAUAUGGCUGCCGUCGGGACAAACAAUAUGGCGGUCGUUGGGGGAAAGAAUAUGGCUGCCGUCAACAUGGCCGCCGUUGUGGGGAGCAAUAUGGCCGACACCAAUAUUGCCGCCAUGUUGGGAGCCAAAAUGGCCGACACCAAUAUGGCCGGCGUUAGAAGAAACAAUAUGGCGGAUGUCAAUAUGGCCGCCAUGUUGCAAGCCAAAAUGGCCGACACCAAUAUGGCCGGCGUUAGAAGAAACAAUAUGGCGGAUGUCAAUAUGGCCGCCGUUGGAGGAAACAACAUGGCCGCCAUGUUGGGAACCAACAUGGCCGCCGGAUCCAACAUGGCCGAAGGCAAGAUGGCGGGGCUUGGGGCGGGGCCGGGCUUGGCCACGCCCCCCGCGCGCGUCAAUAAACGCUGAGUCAGCAA